AGGGAAUGAGGGGCGCAUUAAUGACGUGACACCGUCACCACGGAGACACAACAACAACAUGCGGAUGCUGGGUGGAAAAGGAAAAUAAAACAUGGACUCUGAGUAUCUGAGAAGACAUCUGGGGAAAUGUCUGGCAGAGGGACUCGCUGAAGUGGCCGAGCGGCGCCCUGUAAACCCCAUCCUGUAUCUCGCCCACUGGCUGUACAAGUACAACGCAAAUGUAAAAUACGAGACGGAGAAAAAGGCCAAUUUGGCACAGCUGGAGCAGGAGCAGGCGAAAGCCAGAGAAGAGGCGUUGUACCAGGAAAGGCUGAGGGAGGAGGAGCGAAAGUUCAGUGAGGCCCUGGAAGAGUCUAAAAAAAUGUCCGAGAAGGAGUCUACAGGGUCUGAUGCACCCAUGCCAGCCACAACAGGAGCUGCUGAGGACAACAAACCUAUGACUGAAGAGAAACCAAACACCCCUGAUCCCGAAAACCAGCAGCGCACAGACGAACACCAAGCUGAAGCUCAGGAAAAGGACACUGAACAGGAGGUGAAGGUUACAGAUAAUCCAAGUGAGUCCAAUCCAGACUUUCCCUUUGGAGAGAAACAUCCUUUGGAGGCCGGUAGCUCUUCCCCCUCGGAAGCCCUCAGCACUGAGGUCAAAGAGGAGUCCGCAGAAGUGCCUAAUGAAAAAAACGAAGUGGAGCCGAGGAGCAAUGGAGCAGAAGAGACAACUGAGGUGGAGCCAACUGACAAUCAUGUAGAAGAGAAAACAGGAAACACCAACCAAACAGAAGUGAAAGUUGACCAAGAUGAGGAUAAGGCUCUGCAGGUGGUUGAUCAAGCUGACACGACAUACUCUCAGCAGACAGAAGCAUUACGCUCGACUCCCAGCCGAGACGCUGAUGACUUACAAACAGACAAAACAGAGGAGCGACACGACAAACAAAGCCCUCGUUCCCCUGACUCUAAACACACAGAGGAUGAAGAAAAAGAAGCAGAACAUACGUGAUCAAGUCAGCGUUGUUUGGCGAUUCACUGAUCCAAUAUGAAGUUUAAAUAAUUUUAUGGCCUCAGCAUACAUGUAGUUUGGCAGAAAUAAACAUUUAUCACCAUUCAUUA